UUUUUCCCCUUGACAUUCUAGCUGCUGUCAGUACAUUUGCUGGGGAAUUCCUGACGAGAUUUUACUUGUCCUUCCAUGCUGUUCUUUCUGGGGUUUCCUUGUUUCUUUUUGUGAUCCCGUUCCAGAUGGCUCAGCAGUGCAUCCAAAAUGAGUAUUUUGACAAAUUGCUUACUGCUUGCAAACCGUGUCACCUUCGAUGUUCUAAUACCCCUCCUCUACCUUGUCAGCGUUAUUGUGAUGCAAUGAAAGAAACGAAUACAAUUCUCUGGACCUGUUUGGGCCUGAGCUUGAUCGUUUCUUUGACAGUUUUCGUGUUGAUGUUCUUGCUAAAGAAGAUGAAUUCAGAACCAUCAAAGAAUGAACGUAAAAACACAGGAUCGGCUCUCCAGAACGAGGUGAACGCUGACCAGGAGGAGGGCCGUGCUAGCAGGACUGGUGAGGAAGUUCUCUUGAGGGGCCUGGAGUACACAGUAGAAGAAUGUACCUGUGAAGACUGCGUCAAUUCUGAAUCAAAGGUCAACUCUGACCAUUUCUUUCCACUUCCAGCUAUGGAGGAAGGUGCAACCAUUCUUGUCACCACGAAAACAAAUGACUACUGUAACAGCCUGCUAGCUAGUAUCACAGAGAUGGAGAAACCCAUUUUUACCAGAUAAUCAACCAUUUCACCUGGUGUAGAGCUGCUUUGAAAAUCCUAUGUCAGAAGGAUGAGGUAUCAGAUCUCUUUAGGAUGAUUGUACUUAUUGGUUGCUGAUAGAGCUUUUUGUCCUGUAAUUCUAGAAAAUCUUUGUUAGAUGUACUUCCCUACCUUACUGUUGGGAGCUUAACUGUGGAAAUUUCCUUGGUUUCAUGAUUAAAUUCUUGACUCACUGAAGAAAAGCA